AUGGACGUCAUCCGCAAGUACCUUAAGUCAGAUUUGCCGCGCUAUCUCAAGGGCCUGCCGCUGCCUCGCACGUUCUCGGGUUUCCUGAAGCUCAAGCAGGACGAGUGGAUGUAUCUGGCGCCUCUGCUCAUCACCAUCUUCGUGCUGGGACUCACGCUGUUCGCCGGUAAGAACAACUCGAAGCCUGGCCGCGUGAACCACAAGAUCCAACUGGAGAAGGAGAAGGUCGUGGACUUUGUAUCGGUCCCUGAUGUGGAGGACGUGAUCAAGAGCAAGGGCAAGUGCACACUUUGCCGCUGCUGGAAGUCUAAGAAGUUCCCAUACUGCGACGGCUCCCACAUGAAGCACAACAAGGAGACGGGUGACAAUGUCGGCCCACUCGUACUCACCGCCAAGAAGGCCUAA